UCAAACGGUGGUGCGCGCCCAACAAAGGGGGCGUAGGCAAUUUUUGAGGGAUUUGAAGCUAAAUAAUAUAUAAAUAUUAGUUAGAUUUGAUUUUGUCCGCCUUAUUUUGGAUAUUCGCAUUUCUUUAUUGUUUAGAGAUUAAUUGUUGUGCUCAUUGUUAAUUUUAUUACCUGUUAUUUAUAUUACUCUCGCCCUAUUAUCUGGUAUUUGUAGCUAAUUGUUGGCUAGUUAUAUUUGAGGUGGGGAGCGGGAAAUCAGAAUUCAAAAAAGUUGGGCGCGACUUAAAAGGUUUGAGAACCGAUGUUAUAGUUAUUUAAACAUCAAAUAGUUCAGAGGAUGAAUAUCAAUGUGGAUAUAUAGCGUAUGUUUUAGUCGCUCUGUUUUGUAUUAGUCUUUCCACGUGAUAUUAUCUAACUAAUAAACUGACUUAAACUAUCAAAUGUCCAGUUAAAAACGUAGUUAAACCUGUUGUGGCCAUAUAUACAUUGUCACCAUACGUAAAUUUAACGGCACCAUGAACAAACUACAUUUACUCAUUGUGCUGACAAUUUGCAGCUUGGCAGCUGUGGGAUCGGAGGCCAGGCACAUCCAGGAUGAUGUUGCCAGAUUAUGCCAACCAACUCCACUUUCAACUAUCCAGAAAGGAAUCCAUUGCUCGUGUUCAGCUCACCACAGUCUACAGUCCAUUCCGCGUCAAAAUGAUUGGCAGAAAAAUGGUCUGGUUCUGACUAUACGUCUUCAUGGUUGUAGGGAUAUCGGAAGCAUCGGCAAAGAGCUGUCCACAUACCACGAUCUAAAGACUCUGGAUAUUCAAGGAAGUGGAAUAAAAAAGUUGGAAAACGAAGCGAUGAUUUUUAACAUCGACAUCACAACAUUAAUUAUAAAAAACAGCAAAAUAUCGAGAAUUGAACCAAACGCCUUUAUCGGCAUUUCCAAACUUCGAUAUCUGGAUUUAUCUGGGAAUAAGAUUGACAACUUGCCCGUAGAAGCGUUCAAAGAGAUCAGAACUUUACAAACUCUGAAUCUAGAUGGCAACAAAAUAGAUUUCAUAGGCAAAGAAAUUUUCGUGAGACUCUCUUCACUGCAAAGUCUGUCCCUUCGAGGUAACAGGGUUGGAACCAUUGACCCAGAUGCCUUCCAAAACAUGUUGUCACUUCGAGAAAUACUUCUGGACGACAACAUGGUUAGAAAUUUGGAUCUCACGCCUUUCGUUGGGCUGCCAGAAUUGAUUACCCUCAGUGUAUCUAACAAUAAAAUAACAAAAUGGACUGUUCCACGUGAAGAGAACGGCGUAUAUGAUACCAACGUUGUUGGAAACGAAAAUUACACUCCAGCGAAACUCAGUGUCAAGAUUCUCAUCAUGGCAAACAACGAUAUGACGGUUCUGUCUGACAAAUUUUUUCAAGCGAUGCCACUCAUUGAAGUUCUUGAUGUUUCUGACAAUUCGUUGACCUACAUUGGAGGAAACGCAAUCUCAAAACUAAGGCAAGAUAUCCAUUUGCUCUAA